AUGGCCGAUAGUGCCCCCAAAACUGCUGCGAAAGAACGUCGUGAGGCAGCUAGCGCCGUUGAAAAAAAGGCCGCGACAUUGGUCAAGCAAAUACUCCAGAGCAAGCACUUCAUCGUCUUCACUGGCGCUGGCAUAUCGACAUCCGCUGGAAUUCCCGAUUUUCGUGGUCCUGAUGGCAACUGGACGCUACGCGCGCAAGGAAGGCCCCGCACGAAGCAUGCCAAUACCUUACAAGCCAUUCCAACGCCGUCGCACAUGGCCCUGGUGGAGCUUCAGAAUCGCGGAAUCUUGAAAUACCUCGUCAGCCAAAAUUGCGAUGGGCUUCACAGGCGAAGUGGUAUACUACCAGAGACAAUUUCAGAGCUCCAUGGAAAUAGUAACAGAGAGUCUUGCUAUGACUGUGGCAAGGAAUAUAUUCGAGGUAAUCGUCAUACCAUCAGGUCUAUGGAUUAUAUUGCUCAUCUCACCGACACAGACUUUCGUGCCGUCUCUACCUACGAGAAAGGCGAUCAUGACCAUCGCACAACGCGGAAAUGUGCUCGCUGCGGGGGCGCUUUAUAUGACACAAUCAUCAAUUUCGGAGAGAGCCUCCCAGCCAAAGCCAUGGAGCUAGCCCAGAAGAAUGCCGAAAUGGCUGACCUUUGUCUUGUUCUGGGAUCUUCGCUCACGGUCACGCCGGCGAAUAGCAUCCCGGAGAUCGUUGGCCAGACUCAAGGAGCCAAACUUACAAUCUGCAAUCUCCAAGAAACUCCCAUUGAUGAUCUCACAGAUCUCAGAGUAUUUUCCGAAGCGGAUGUCCUAAUGAUCAAAGUGAUGGAAAAGCUCAAUCUUCACAUUCCUCCAUUCGUCUUACGGCGACGCCUGGUGAUUAAGGUGGAGACGAAAGACGGGGAUAGACACCGAAUUACAGCUACCGGAGUCGACACUGAUGGUACGCCUAUGUCUUUCCUGCAAUCGGUCCGACUUGAAGGCAGCAGACGCGUUGCCCGAGCGGAGCCUUUCAUCAUUCUGGUCCGUGAGUCGCUACAGCCUGGAUCUGAGUUGAAGCUCAACUUAGAGUUCAUGGGCCACUAUGACGAGCCGAAUCUCGAGCUUGUACAUGAAUACAAUGGCGAGGAGGAGGUUCUCUAUAUUCUGGAAUUCAAUGUCGAAAAUGGGGAGUGGACGAUUACCAAACAAGAGAGCCUGGCUGAUACCACGGAGUCGUUGACGGUUGUCGAAUAG